AUGGUCGCCAACGCAGAGACGUAUAUCCUCCCGAACACGCUGGAUAGCUGGCCGUGGAAGCGUCCGAUCAAUCCCUACUAUGCGAAGGUGAAGGCGGAGGCGACGGCGUGGAUGCAUGCUUUGCAGCCGUUCAAGAAUCCCAAGUCUCAGGCCGCGUUCGACAAGGGCGAGUUCUGUGACGACUUACGUACCGGGUGCGAGCUGAUGUUCUUCUUUUUCAUCAUCGACGAGUAUACGGACGUCGAGGACGGUAAAGUGACACGCGAGAUGAUCGGCAUCGUGCGCGACGCUCUGGAGCACCCAUGUGACCCUCGGCCGGAGGGCGAGGUUGUCCUCGGAGAGAUGACGCGCCAGUUCUGGGAGCGAGCGUCCCAGCUAGCAACGCCCAGCGCUCAGCACCACUUCAUGUUCCAGAUACAGCGGUAUCUCCAAGCCGUGGUCGACCAAGCCGACGACCGGGAUGCCGGACGCUGCCGUUCGGUCAAGGACUACCUCACCGUCAGACGCCCCGGAUGUGGCGUCGACGCGAACCAGCUGCCCUACGAGGCGGCGCUCGACAUCCCUGACGACGUAUACUUCCACGCUCAGAUCGAAGAGCUGAGAUUGCACGCUACAGAUAUGUCGCUCAUCGACAAUGAUAUGUUCUCCUACAACCGCGAGCAGUCGACCGGAGACGAGAACCAUAACCUCAUCACCGUGAUCAUGCACGAGCGCGGCUGCAGCCUGAACGAAGCGUUCCAGAUAGCAGCCGGGUUGCACAUGGAUGCGCAGAGGGCAUUCCAAGAGAAGAUGAAGAGCUUGCCGUCGUGGGGGCCCGAGAUUGACCGGGCCGUUGGCGAGUAUGUCGAAGGGAUGGCGGUCUGGACGCGGGGACACAAUCAGUGGAGCUACGAAUGCGGGCGGUAUUUUGGCAGCAGGGGCUUGGAGAUUCAGCAGACGGAGGUUGUUCCGCUUCUUCCCAAGGUUAACAAGUCAGGGCGUCCGAAGGGAGACCAGGUUGUGGUGGAUGACAUACCUCUCUGA